UAAAUUAAUAGAGCCAAUGAAGUCUCCAUAAAUGCGAAUAAAACAUUGAUACAUCAGAAGUGGGAUCUAGCUGUGUUUAUAUAUAGGUAGAAACAUUAUUACUAGUUAGAAUUAGAAAUAGAAAUUAGAAUGGAGUGUCAGAAUGGCUGUCUGGCCCGCUGCGCGGGCGGGUUCGUGAUAGUGGUAGAUGGUAGUAAUAGUUUAGAGGAUGCUGCUGCACGGUAUCCUUUAUAUUCCCUUAGUCGCCUAAUACAACAUCCGUGGUAUAAGGGAGGGGUGAAGACAACAAUAUUCUGAUCUGCCGCUGCUAGUUAAACUGAUGAUGUAAUAUAUUCAAUGAGAAUACUUAAAUGCACUGUAUCCAGUUUUUAUAAAGCAAAUAUUUUUACAUUUCAGGCUUUCCUUUGCCGAAGAAGUUAAUUACUUACUCUUGUAGUAUUUGUGGCUAUAAAUGUAAAUACAAAAGUUUUCUAGCUUUACACAUGAGGCCUCAUACUGGCGAGAAACCGUUUUCUUGUCACUUAUGUCAGAAAUUAUUUACACAGAAAAGUCAUUUGAAUUUUCAUAUGAAAACCCAUACUGGUGAGAAACAUUACGCUUGUGAGCUAUGCCAGAAGAUGUUUUUAAAUAAAAGUAAUUUAACUGAUCACAAAAGGACCCACACUGGUGAGAAACCUUACACUUGUUAUGUAUGUCAGUUAAGGUAUGCUCAAAAAUAAUCAUUUGACAGCCCAUUUGAAGACACACACUGCCGAGAGACCCUAUUCUUGUGACCGUUGUCUGGUAAAAUUUACACUCAAACAUCAUUUAACUGACCACAUGAGAAGUCACACUGGCACUACUUUGCCGAAGAAAUGUAUGCAAGUCCAACACGGCAAAUCUACUAAGAAAUCGCACUCUUGCAAUGUUUGCGAGCAUAAAUGUAAAUACAAAAGUGUCUUACUUUUACACAUGAGAACACACACCGGUGAAAAACCUUUUUCUUGUGAGUUAUGCCAGAUGAAAUUUACUCAUAAAACUAAUUUAACUACACACAUGAGAACUCAUUCUGGAAAGAAGCCCUAUCCAUGUGACCAAUGCCAUCGUAAAUUUACCCAAAGAAAUCAUUUAACUACCCACAUAAAGACGCACACUGGUGAGAGGCCUUAUUGUUGUGACAUAUGCAAGGUUAGAUUUACGAAGAAAUAUCAUUUAACCACACACAUGAACACGCAUACUGGUGAAAAACCUUAUCAUUGUGACAUAUGUCAGGUUAAGUUUUCCAGAAAAUAUUAUUUGACUACACAUAUGAGAACCCAUACUGGGGAGAAACCUUAUUUUUGUGACAUAUGCCAUGUUAAAUUUGCGCUUAAAAAUCAUUUAAAUGCUCACAUGAAACUUCAUACUAAUGAGAAACCUUUUGUAUGUGACAUUUGUGAGAUGAAAUUUACCAAAAAACAUAAUCUAACUGUACACAUGAGAACUCAUAGUGGUGAGACACCUUUUUCGUGUGACUUAUGUCAGAGGAAAUUUACACAAAAAAGUCAUUACACUGUUCAUAUGAGAUCUCAUACUGGAAAUAGUAUUAAUGAAAGUUUGGCUUCUCAAGAUUGAACACUAAGAAAGUUGUACAAAAAUAAAAGCUGUGGGAAUACUAUGGUUUUCCCUCGGCCUUGGUGUGUUAAAGACUGAUUUUUCAAUCUUAAGAUAACUGAUGAAUAUGAGAAAUAUCUGAGAAUUCAACAAUCAAAAAAUCUUAAGUAUUAUAUUAUAUAGUUGUUUUAAAAUAUUUCAGUA